ACCAAUCAACCAGCCCAUCUAAGUACCGAAGCCAAUCAAAAGUAGACAAUACUGAAACGCUAGCAAUUUGGUGGGUUGAAUUUUUUACACUAGCCAAUCAGAAUUAGAUUUGUAUCCUGAACACGUUAAGAUUAGCCAGAAGAAUGUCAGCUAUACUACUUCCCAGGGAGGCUGGAAAAUUUAUUACUGAGAAUAGCAAAGAUGUGUUUGUGGAGCAAGAGGGUGUGAGGUCACUUGCUAAGACUCUCUUUGACAAGGUCAACAAGAAGGAGAUCACACUAGCCGGCUGGAAAUCACUUCAUGAGCUAAACCCACAGGAUUCUGGAGAGGAUGCAGUGAAUUGGGUUUUUUUUGCAGACACCUUAAAUUUUUCUUUCUGGUCAGAUAGUGAUGAACACAAAUAUCUGGUCAAGUAUAAGGGAAAGGAGUACAGUGGCUACUGGUCCUUCUGUGCUGCAAUGAACCGAGCCCUCGAUGAAGGAAUCCCAAUUACAACUCCUUCUUACUACUCGAACAUAACCUUAGACCAGCUGAAACAUGUUCUACGUUCCGAUUCAGAUGUGCCCAUUCCCAUGAUAGAGGAACGGCUACAGAUACUGCACCAGACUGGGAAAAUACUCACAGAAAAGUUUGGAGGCUCCUACCUAAACUGUGUGAAACAAAGUGACAAAAGUGCUGUGAGGCUUAUGAAGCUGAUUGUGGAGAACUUCCCAUCAUACAAGGAUGUGGGGAUCUUUCAGGGUAAACAAGUUGCUUUUUAUAAGCGUGUCCAGAUCCUGGUUGGCGACACCUGGGGCGUACUGGGAGGCCAAGGCGACGGCAACUUUUAUGACAUCCAUAAAAUAACAAUGUUUGCAGACUACAGGAUUCCUCAAGCCCUGGUUCAUUUUGGGACCAUGAGAUAUUCAGAUGAGCUGAUGAAAAAGUUAAAAGAAGCUUGGCUGUUCCAGAAUGGAGAUAUUCAGGAAAUGGAGAUAAGAGGAUGCUCUAUAUGGGCCGUAGAACUGAUUUGUGAGCACAUGCGUGAGCUCUUCAAAGAGAAGGGAGAGGAAAUGAGCAAUGAGAUCAACCCAGUCCUGAUUGACCACUUUCUGUGGGAUUACGCUCGUGAUUACCGGAAAGAAAUAAAUGUUGUUCCAUUUCAUAGAGUGCGUUGUAUCUACUAUUAGCUGGGAAGUUUAAUUGCUAAACUGUAAGCACUUUAGUGCACACAAAAAUACAUGUUAAGCACUUAUGUAAAGCACUUGAUUGAUUACAAUUUGUUUUAAAAUAAUUUGUUUGGCCCCCUCUACUUUUUGUAUCUUAAUUGGCAAAUCCUAAAUAAAUUAUGUUGCAAAAUAUAAA